AUGAGCUGGCAGCCAAGUGCACGUUCUAGGGACGAUCUGUCGUCCUUUGGCACCACGAAUCGGAAGACGAGAGCGGUCACCUAUUCACAGCAAACUCUCCAUGGCACUGCCGAUGGGUUCGUUCGUGUCCAUUGGGUCCCCAGGGGGAGGCUGCGUUCAUCUCCUUGGUCCCGUCUUCUCAGUAUAGUAUUUGCCACUGUAGCAGCAGCAUACUUCUUGGUUAUUUGUUUUCACUUGAUAAGGGCUGGGCGGCGGUCAGCGUCGUCUACUCGGUUCCUUGCGGGUCACCGUGAGGUGUCAUGCGAUUGGGAUAGUGGACCAAGGGAGACUGACCCAGUGGACAAUGACACGGGUGACGACAGAACACCCGAGGAAACCUUGGGACAGAGUGCGCAGGAGCCUUCAGAAGAAGGGGUUGCUCGCCCGUCUCAACAAUUCCAGGGGUUUCGCUCGCUUGCCAAUAUGGGACACGAAGAAGAAACAGAUGCCGAGGAAACAACCGCGGAGAAGGCAUCUAGGACCAGCUUGGGCCUGUGGUCUCAAGAGCGUGAGAUGUACAAAGAUCAUCAGUGGGGAGAACGUAACCUACCGGGGCCUGUAAAACAACGUCUACUGAUCAUGCUUUCGAGAAUGGUGAGAGCUUCAGGGCUAUGCAGGUCAUUACUACCAAUGCUAACGUGCACACAACGCCUGCAACUGACGUACCUUGUCAUGCGGCUGAUAGCACUGGAUUUGGGAGCCAUUUCGUUAGUGAGGGAGGACAUAGAGCCUGCACGGCAAAGCGUGGGGGACUCUCUCAUCAGUUUGGGUCUUGAAUGUGUUGGAAGUAGCGGCAGCGAAGCAGAGCAUGAAGGACAGCGCGCGUCACUUCGCGGACUGAUGGGUUUAGUGCAUAAACUCAAAGAGCGACGGCAUAUUGUCAACGAGUAUAACGCUCGAAAGUACAGAAAAAAGAUGCUGAGCAUAAUGGGUACUGCUGGCUUGAUACUGAAGAACUGUUUAGGCGUACUGGAAGGGCUGCUACACUCAAAUUAUGCCAAACCUUCAUUGCCUCUGCCAGAAGCUGUUGUUAAGCAACAAUUCAAUGUUCUAAAGGCACUUUACCGUGUACAUGCCGAGCACAUCGCCAAGGAUGGGCCACUCUGUGGGCACAUUUUAAAAUGUCAGGAACAAACUGGAAUGCAUACACUUAUCGGUUGCCAUAACCAAGACAUGUUCGAAGUUGCUAUUCCCAAGCUGAGAGAUUUACAGAAACAGAUUAAAGAAGCAGUACGUAGCGCAGGCGGCCUUCUGCCACUUCAGCAUCCUGUUGCGCUAGGGCAUCCCAGUGCUAGCAGCGUGUUCGGGCGAGACAGCGAACCGACAAAUAUUAAUCCUGAAGCACCGCAUGGAACGUUGGGUCAACAAAUGCUGCACGAAAGAUCUGCCGAAGAUACCGGACAAGUUUUCGACUCAGCAGCCUUUUCAUCGAGCAAAAGUAUGCACGGAGGCACGUCUCUCCCUCCUGCUGCAGUUCCACAGUGGUCAGCUAGCCAGCCGUCUCACCAAGGCGCCGAACCAGCUGCGCAGCCUCUACCGCAACUUGAAAGCCGCCCAUUAGACCAUCAACCACAGUGGGUCAUGUCAAAGACUCUUGAACAAUCACCAGGCUCUUGGACGUCUUGGCUGCACGCAGCACACCAACCGUUUCAUAGCCCAGAACGCCAUCAGCCUCAGGAGCCUUCUUUCCCAGCGCGUUCUGUUGAUCGUGUCGCUCCUCAGUUUGCUCCUGGGGGAUUUUCUGUGGGCCCUAUCGAGUGGCUCGCAGCCACUGGACGCGAUAUUGGACCUCUUUUGACGCCCACUACACAGCUGGCACAACGGACUCCAGUUGAGUCAUCUGCCAGGCUUCAUUCGUCAGCUGCAGGCCCUCACACAGGCGAAUACAGCCUCUUUGGACAAGGGGGAGUUCCUCCGUGGUUGCCCGUAUCCAAGGCAUCGGCGUCCUCAUUUGACACGCCUGAUACUGCAGGCCAUGGUUUAUCGGGCGGUCAAGAGAAAAAGGACGCGUAG